UUGAAAAUAUUAUUUAUUUUAAUAAAAUUCGUCAAGCACAACCAAAAAAUCAUAUCUCAAGUUCUUAAAUCUUUUGUUUUCGUCCGUAACAAGACUGGUAAGCAGCUGUCUAUUGUCGGUGGUCACACUUUCUACUGUGGAGUACGAGGGGCCAGGACCAAUAUCUGGAGGUGCACUCGGUGGGGCCAGUGCAAAGCAAGGUUCAUCAUCACGAUGAGUGGGGAACUCGUCACCGCACAACUUAAUCACACUCACGAACCGCCUUCGUUUGUUAUUCAUGAUGGUAUUUAUUACAAGAUUUAG